CGAUGCUGCAACAGCAUUAGCUUUGGGAUGGGAAAACAUUUCUGAAGCAUCAUUGGCGAAAUGCUGGAAUAAGCUUCUUAAAGGGAACGACAAUUUCGAUGAAGGAGACGACUUACCACUGUCAUCUUUUUUACGGCAGGAUGAAGACACUUUAGCAAUGAGGAGUGGAGUAAAUUUGCUAAACUCAGUGUUUCCAAAUAUCCGGUUUACAGUCGACGAUCUAAAUGAAUGGGUGCAGCAGGGGCCUGAGCAAGAUUUCGAUUAUGCUGAAGAUGAUCAUGACGAAAAUGACGACAAUAUUGAAACUGAAGAGCUUAAAAUUAAGCAUGAGGAUGUCAUUAAAAGUUUUGAUGUGUGCAUCAAGUGGGCCAAACAGAACAAUAUUGAAUCAACAAAACAGAUUGUACUAGUAGAGCUUCAAGAAGAAGCAGUAAAAAUGAAUCUAAAUAUUCCAAAAAAACAAUCCACGAUUAACCAAUUUUUCAAGUAG